AUGGAGAGCAAACGCAAAGCCAAUGGUGCUGCAGCGGUCGACAACGACGACAGAGGCUCUAAGCGUCGCAGACUUACUGGCGAUUUCGAUCUUUCCAAAGGCGAAUCUCGAGAAUCCACAACUACAUAUGGCCUAUCGUUCCUUGAGCAUAUUCGAAAAACUGCCGACAAAGCUGGGCGUCUUGUCGCUACCAAUUUUGAAGAACUUCCACCUCGCGAAGAAAAUGCAGACUAUUACGAACAAACACGCAUGCCCAUCUCAUUAUCCAUGAUCGAGCAAAAACUGAAUGAUGGCGAAUUCGAGAACUUGUCCCAGCUUGAGGGCUACUUCAAGCGCAUGAUCAGCAACGCGAAGGAGUUCCACCCUCGAGCAACCGAGAUAUACGAAGAUGCGGAACGAUUGAGAAAGGCUGUCAGCAAUUACAUGACCAAGAAAAAUCCGGCAUAUCAUGUCAGAGGUUAUCAGGCUGUGCCGACCCCGUUCCCGGAUGAUGAGGAGGAGGCCAAUGAAGACAACGAGGACGAAGAAAUGAAUGAUGACGAGAACGAAGAUGAAGAUGAGCCCGAGGAAGAAAAAGAAGAUGAGGAUGAAGAGGACGAGGAAGAGGAAGAAGAAGAAGAAGAGGCGCCAAGCUCUCGUAGACGAACCAUUACACUCAAGCGGAGAACACCUGGUCGUACACCUGGUCGAAGGGCGUCCACUCGAGGCAAAGAGACCCCGAAGCCAGCAGCGCCAGCCGCAAAGCCAGACCACGUCUACGAAGAUGUACCCUACAAGGGAUUGUCAUUUCAGCAAGCCCAGGAAAAGAUCAUCGAGGAGCUUAUCCGACGCGAAGAUCCUGGAUACGAUGGCCCUUACUUCGAAGCUUUCAUCAACCUACCGCCUCGGUCUCUCAAAGAGUAUUUCAAGGUUAUCAGUGACCCCAUGUCGAUCCGAAAACUGCAGAAGGCAGUCAAGGGUUUCCACGGUCGUGGUGGCUCAACUGGAGUUAGCGAUUUCAAGUCAUGGGCCGCUUUUGAGGAGAAGGCAAAGCUAUUGUGGACCAACGCGUACUUUUACAAUGAAGAAGGUAGUGAAAUCUACUUGGUUGCGCAGGAUCUCGAGAAAUUCUUUUAUGAUCAGUUAAAACAAGCACAAGCCGUUGUAACUGAACCUUCUCAACCAAAGAUUAAACUAAAGGUUGGCGGAUCCAGUGAGACGCCUACACCUGGGCCCAAGAAGAUCACCAUCCAUGUUGGAGGCCAGCGAGAUUCUGCGGAUUCACCAGCGCCAGCUCAGGCAAAGAUGGCAAUGACAAACGGCCAGACAGUGAACGGCACAGCACGCACUUCAACGCCUGCUCAAGCUGUCAACCCUCAAUUGGAAAAGGCCAGAAGCACAUCGUUGUCUGCCGUGCCAUCUCCUAGUCCGUCCGUACAGAGUGCUCUUAAGCCAGAGGAGACUUCAAGGGCGUCACCAGCAGUUCCGUCACAACCGCCUAGCGCUGCACCUAGUCAAGCGACUCCUGCGGUCCCUGCGGCUGCUCCCGUUGCUGUCCCUGCUCCUGUACCUGUGCCGCCGCCCCAACCGAUCACCAAUCCGCUUGUUAAUGGCUAUAUGGACCAGAAGCAUCCCCGUCGCGCUGGGAAAGGUAUCGACGAUGCUCUCAUUGAGAGUAUGAAGAUCCAGGUUCAUCCCACUCUUCAAUCACACAGUCCUAUACUGGCAACCAUCAGACCCAACCCCAAGGAGAUGGAACAGUCUGCCACUCUUAAUUUGCCUCCUCAUCUCACCCGUAUUCUCGCAGUCACCGCAAUACCCAGCCAUUUACAGAACAGACAAUACAGCCUCUGGACACUGGUCAACAAGCAACCGCUCAAGCCCAUCCAUCACCAAGCUCCUGGCCAGCAACCUCACGAGCGCGCCUUCGAGGCAAUGCUACAUCCAGGGCUCAACGUACUCGAGUCACAUCUCAUUGCUGCCAUUCCACGAGAUGAGCGUGUUCUAGGCGGUCCGGAGGUUGAAUUAGAGGUUUUCACCAUCUCGAUCAACGUCCUUAGGAAUUAA